UGUAUUUCCAGUCGGCUCUUUGCUGGCGGUAAAGCAGCGUCCCGCACUGUAACUCCCGGCGUGCUCCGCGGCCUGGCCACGCCCCCUCGCGCUGGCUGUGGGAGGGAGACUGAUUGUUUUCGGAACGCGUCACCGGCUGACAGUUACCGAUCAGCGGGCGGAGGGGACAGACAUGUAAACACCUACCGCGGGGUCACCGGGGCCUGACUCACUCACCGUGACCGAGCGCUGCAGGCGGGAGCCCGCCAUUCCCACCGAGGUACCGGGGGAGGGGAGAGCUAGGGCUGACAUCGCAUUGUCCGCUGUGUGACAGCAGGCUGGGGCCCCCGGGAGCUCUAUAUAUAACAUGGCAGCCUGCUCCCAGGGGCCCCACACUGGCCGUGUACCCACAGGGGCCCAAUCAUGGCAGUCUGCUACCAGGGGCCCCACAGGGGCCCAAUCAUGGCAGACUGCUCCCAGGGGCCCCACACUGGCCGUGUACCCACAGGGGCCCAAUCAUGGCAGCCUGCUCCCAGGGGCCCCACACUGGCCGUGUACCCACAGGGGCCCAAUCAUGGCAGACUGGUCCCAGGGGCCCCACACUGGCCGUGUACCCACAGGGGCCCAAUCAUGGCAGACUGGUCCCAGGGGCCCCACACUGGCCGUGUACCCACAGGGGCCCAAUCAUGGCAGUCUGCUCCCAGGGGCCCCACACUGGCCGUGUACCCACAGGGGCCCAAUCAUGGCAGACUGCUCCCAGGGGCCCCACACUGGCCGUGUACCCACAGGGGCCCAAUCAUGGCAGUCUGCUCCCAGGGGCCCCACACUGGCCGUGUACCCACAGGGGCCCAAUCAUGGCAGACUGCUCCCAGGGGCCCAAUCAUGGCAGUCUGCUCCCAGGGGCCCCAAUCAUGGCAGACUGCUCACAGGGGCCCCACACUGGCCGUGUACCCACAGGGGCCCAAUCAUGGCAGACUGCUCCCAGGGGCCCCACACUGGCCGUGUACCCACAGGGGCCCAAUCAUGGCAGUCUGCUCCCAGGGGCCCCACACUGUCCGUGUACCCACAGGGGCCCAAUCAUGGCAGACUGCUCCCAGGGGCCCAACACUGGCCGUGUACCCACAGGGGCCCAAUCAUGGCAGACUGCUCCCAGGGGCCCCACACUAGCCGAAUACCCACAGGGGCCCAAUCAUGGCAGACUGCUCCCAGGGGCCCCACACUGGCCGUGUACCCACAGGGGCCCAAUCAUGGCAGACUGGUCCCAGGGGCCCCACACUGGCCGUGUACCCACAGGGGCCCAAUCAUGGCAGACUGCUCCCAGGGGCCCCACAGUGACCUAAUCAUGGCAGUCUGGCUGGCCCUGGCACUCGGCGGGUUAAUUAUGUGAAUACCAGCUCUGCCAGGCUGGAUAAUAGGGCUGACUGGCACUCAGCGGGUUAAUUAUCUAAUCCCUGUUAUAUGUCCAGUUUAUGUGUCAUCCAUGUUUAUAUACUGUCAGCAUAUCCCCUGGAUGGGAAUGUGUAAGCUUGGGCACUCCAGAUGUUGUGGACUACAUUUCUCAUCACCCUCAGCCAGCCUUUGGUACACCAGUGUCGCCCAUACCUUUCCAAGCCUCAGCCAUGUGUCCAGGUCCCCCAAAGCAAGCACCCUCUGGGGGACAGACCUGGCUGGCUGCUGCUAUAACGCCUUUGUUUUGGUGGCUCUCCUGGUACUGAGCCCUUACACAGGGAUUGCAUCAUGUUGGAUUUUGUUUAUCAUUGCUUUGACAUCAUUCCUUGUCCACUGUCAGAACACAUUUUAAUAUAUUGUUUUUUUCCCUUUUGUUUAACAAUUGCUGCACCUGUAUAGGAUCUUACAUGUGUGUUAUUUAUAUGUUAAUAUGAUCAUGAUGAUUUGUAAGUCUUUAGACCUCCAGAAUCUGCCUCAGUUAAGUUUAUUAUAAAUCUUAUAUUUUGAGGAUCCUUCCAUUGCCAUGUUUUAAGUAGAAAACAGAGCAGCUGUUACCCCUGUGUGCCAAUGCAUGGUUCCUGCCUGUUCUUUAUUGGUGUGUUCUCAGGUCAGGAUGUCUCAGUAUAAUAGGUGGUCUAGUGACAGUUUAACCCCUUAAGGACCAAACUUCUGGAAUAAAAGGGAAUCAUGAGGGGGUUAAGGGGUUAAGUUCAAGUUAGUCUAGUUAUAGCAUUAGUUCAGAUCAAUAGGCCUGCAUUAUCUCUCUGCAGACUGAAACACAAGCUGUAGAUGACAUUUACUCCUCCCUGGUCCUUCUUGAUCUUGUGACUUUUAGGCACUGCCCCUUAAUGCAGGGGAUGUGACAAGCCUUGUUUUUCUUUUUUUCUUUUUUUUUUCUUUUUUGUUCCUGAUUACUCAGUUAGUUUGUGCUGUGUUUGAGAGUGAUACAUUUAUGUAAUUUUUUUCAAAUAUAUAUUUAUUUUUGUCUUCUAAAUAUAUCAUAAUGUAUCUGACACAGCAAAACAACUAAAAUAACUUAUUUAGGUUUUAAUCACUAAUUGGGGAGAAUUGAAUUGCAAAAAUUGGUUGUUGUGACAGUAAGUAAUUUGUGGGCCUGUUUAGUAGUGCAGCACUUUACAUUUUGCAUCCUGCUGUUACUGGCUACAUUUUGCAUUAAGGAUUGCAAACAUUUGAUGUUUACUGAAUAAACUCAAUUUGUCUGAUUUACUGCAAACACUUUUUCAAGUUCCAUUAUUUUCCCAGCUUGGCCAUUUUGGCAAAAAACUAAAUUCUUGGUUUAAUAAUUAAUGUAAAGAGUUAUUCCAUAGGAACCAAUAUCACAAAAAGUACAGGUUGCAAAAAAACAGGUUUGUUCACAGUAGCCGUCACUGUGCAUGUGUUGCUCCUCUGAGUGAGAUUUUAGUAAAGGGCAGUUUACCUGGUCGGAUGCUAGUUUUUUAAAGCGGUGUGCUGUGGCUGCAGGUGGUGACCUUUGACCACAACGAAAGAAAGUGUCAGCUGCUAUACUGUAGGUUGAACUGAAUGUGCAGAGAUAAAUCAUCAGGACACUUGUGCAAAACCACCUGUCCACUCACCCUCAUUUAUUGGUUUCAUCAUUUAUAAUUAAAACGGAAAUCUAAUAAUGCUACUUUAUUUUAAGAAAUAACUUACUCAUUACAGAACAUAUCUCACAGACACAGUCAGGCACUUCUACAAGUGGUUUCAAACUUCUUGAAUAUUUUCUCACCAGAAUAGUCGAUCAAGUAACAUUUGACCCCCUAUGAAGUAUUUGCAGCACAAUCAAACCAAGUCUGAGAUGUCUAAUGGGCCAUUUGCUUCUGAUUUAUCAUUAUUUACUUUGGCUAAAUCAGUAUUGCCUUUGAACCAAUACUACACCAAAGGUCAUACAUGCAGCACAACAGUAACACAACAUCCCACAUUGGUCACAAUCAGGAAUCACAGCAAUAAUCUCUGUUACUAUUUCCUUCCAUUCCCCCCCCAAGCUGAUAUACAGUGGGCAAAAAUUGCUCCUUUUUUGGUCAAAAUGUACAAAAAUAAUUUGCCAUAGUCUCCAUGUAUCAUAACCCCUACUGUAAAAUGAGAGUCUGAACCAAAAAGCUGCGAUAUCUGUUGUGCUUAGAAUGCCCCCUUACUUCACAAUGGUUCUGGGAAAAAAAAAAAAAUUUUUUUUUAGGUAAGUUCUAUAUUUUGAAACCUAACAUUCAUUUGGUAAAGUUUAUAGUGUAGUAAAUUAACUGUAAUAAAGAGCAUGCUGUAAAACAAAUGCCUCUUGCUAUCAGAUUUUUUUUUUUUUUUUUUUGGAACAAGGUGGCAGACUUGCUUUCAUUUGUGCUGAGCUAGGCUGGAUAUUGCACUCUGUGUGUCAAACACAGGAACAUUGGUGACUACAAUUCCCAGAAAUCCAAACAAGCUGCCAGAGUAACGUUCUGUUCCAUCUAAAUGAAUAUGUUAAUAAAACCCACUCUCGGAAGAAGGUUCCCCUUUAUUUGUGCUGUUAUUUAACCUAAUGUGUCAUUCUGUUCUAAGUUAUGUUAGAAUUUACAGAAUUGUAUUUAGAAACAUUUCUUCCUUUUUAUAAUGAACUAUGUAUGUUUUCAUAAAUCUUUUAAAACAAAUAAAGGAAGUGUAACCACAGGUAGUGUUGUCACUUCCUUCAUAAUAAUCACACGCCUGUGUUACCGGAAGGUUGUUUUGUACACAAUGCUUGAUCUGCCUGUGUGCACUUAGUAUACAUAACAAAUCACAUACAAAGUUUAAGGAAUACUAUAAGCACUACAUUGUAGGGCUUAUGGUUCCAGGAGUGCCCUGCCACACCCUGUGUAAGUAGUCCAGCUGUUUAGUAAUAAUUUGACUUCCUAUGUGGGGUUUGCUAGGCUCCGCUCCUCUCAGCUUUCAGGAGAGCCAUAAACACCUGAGCUAAGCUGUGCAGGGCCAGCUCAUGGGCCAAGAGCGACAACUGAUCACUCUUAGCUAGUGAGCUAAGCUGAGCUUUCGCCUGAGAGUAGGCAGGGACCCCAAUAAUUAAACUGUAGUGUGAUGAAUUAAGGCUUUGAGGUCGAUAGGUAUAUUUAUUAUUUCUGUUUUCACGUGGGAUUGCCUUAAAAUAGGUCUCUAAGGUUAUGAAUAUUUUUUUUGUUACUUGCACCGCUGGGUUUAUUUUUUUAGAUUGAUUCAGCCACCUCCCAUUUUACAAUUAAAAAAAGGAAAAACUGCUUUAGACCACCUGUAAUCCAAUGCCAAGAGUUUUUAGGUAUGAUUUGUAUGACGUUCCCCUCUAUCUUCCACCUCAGAAAAUAGGAAGAUUUAUUGGCUUUCCAAUACCUACAUAGUCUACGUGAUCCUUUGUAAGCAACAUGUCUAUAAAUGACAGACAUAUUGCACUCUGUAUAUCCUGCUAAAACAAUGGAGCUCUUAAAUAAAUCGUGAGGUUAAAUAAGAAAAAGCAGUUCUGAGUUCCUUUCAGACGUCUGCCCAGUUUUUUUUUUUUUAUUGGUUUCCAUGCUUAAUUCCUAUAUGUUAAAUAGGGUAGCUUUACAACACACACACAUUUAGUAUGACUGUCACUUUAACAGAAAGCCAAGGGGCUGUUGGCACACAUAGGGUUAAAGCCUGACCAGUUUUCACUGGAUGGAGUCCUCACAUUAGUAAUGGAUAAACAGAGUCAGGUGUUUAUCAUUCGAAGAUCGCUGUAAUAAUUUACCCAUACUUAAAACCUCAGGACUGUGUUAUAUCAGUACUGUGUUUCAACAAUGUGUAACAUGCAGGAAUCUCUGUAAGACACAUUUACAUUGUUUGAGUAAUAUUUACAUUGAAUUAUAUUUUUGGUUCUGCACAUAUUUAUUUAAAAUUGGAGUAGUGUGUUAAAUAAUGACACACUGUGCUAUUCUUGAUAUUUUAUGUUCGGCUGAGCCAUUCACUUACAGAGGUUCGAAUUGACAAGCCCUGCUUACCUAGCCAGUGUUACAUAUGUUUCAACAAGUAGAAGAAUUAAUAGCAUUUCUCCAAGUUUCAUUUUUUCUUUAUGAAUUCCACACUGAUCAGCCCGACUCCUUUGUCGCUGUCAUGUCUGGGAUUUAUUUAUUUUUUACGGUAAAUGUAUUUUAUUUAUAAUUUCUAUCCUGUAUGUGGUUUCUAUGCACAGUUAGACCCCAUACCUUGUAAUUUCAUUUAACCCCAAUGGGGCUGUGUAAAAAUAAACAUUUAGGAAACAUGUUCUUGUACAGUGCACAUGUCAUGCAGACUUAAUGCCGUGUCACUUUGUACAGUGACUCUCUAGACUUUAUAGAGUCUGAAAAACAGUGUUUGUUCUCAAUGUAAAAUUUGCAUACAAAUAACAGGAUACAUCAAUCUAGGAUACAGGGUCUCUCUCUUCUUUCCUCUUUUCCCCCUUUCCUCCCUCUCACAACUGCAUACCUAAUAUUGGUUGGCACCAUAGAUGUUUCCUUAAUUCUGGCAUAGUGAGCCAUCAUUGGCUUGGGCAAAUCCCUUUAAAGCAUGGAUGGACAAAGUGUAGAUCUCUGGAUAUUAUGGAACUACAAUGGACAUUUUGCUUUACCAGUCUUUAGAAUGUCAAAAUCUCUUGGAAGUUGCAGUUGUACAACAUCUGAAGAUCUACAGUUUGCCCACCCCCAAUUUAGGGCAUCACAGUACUGCCAGCCACCUGUCAGGACAGGAUACUUUUUGUCUUGAAAAUAAUUUCUUAAGACAUGGAUUAUAUAAAGUAUUCUAUUGACAUCUUUCCAUAUGGUUUAUUUUCCAGUAACGUGAAAAAUGUCUGAAAACUCCAGUGACAGCGAGUCUUCUUGUGGCUGGACGAUUAUUAAUCAUGAGGUAUGGAGCUUCCACCUUCAGUGUGAAAGUAAAUCUAUUACCCAACAAAUAGUACGGCUUUACCAAUACUAAAGGCUAGAAAAUGUAAUUGAUAUUAAAACAUGGUUCAGCCAGGCUUUGCUAGUUAGACAGGAGUGCAGGUUGGCAAGUUCAACUAAUGGAUAUAUUGAUCUGGAGCCUUACUAGACCUAUUUCUAAGCGGGCAGAUAUUUAAGGGUAUGUUUAAUGUUUGAAUGUUAAUAAAAUUCUGUUUUUACAAAUCUUUUAAAUUUUGGCUAUUUAUGACUUUAGCUCAAAGUUAUUAAAGGGACACUCUGAGAGAUAGUCACUACAGCUUGCUGUAGUAGUUAUGUUGCCUUGUGUCCUGGUUUACAGCAGGCAGGGUUAACCCUAGAUGGACCUGGCACCCUGACCACAUCAUUGAGGUGUAGUGGUCCUUUAACUCCACCUUUAGUGGCUGUCUACUAGACAGCCACUAGAGGGACUCCUGUUAGAAGCUGGCGCUGGACAUCCUAACAUUAUGAAAGGGGAUGUCCAGCAUCACCCAAUGCUGCUCAUACGUAUUAGGUCUGCCCCGCCGGCUCACAUGGGCAGUGGAGAAGCGAAGGUGAAUUGGGCACUGGACCCAGCUAAGUGACAGAAGGGGUUUUAGUGCCAGGAAAACAAGUUUGUUUUCUUGGUACUAUAGUUUCCCUUUAAGUUGACUCAUUGACAACUAAGAUAGUUAUAAUUGGCUGUGCAUUAUGUUUAUGACAUCAUAUUUAUACGAUAACCCAUACAUUUAAUAAAACUGCCUAUAUUGGGUAACUUGACAUGCCAAAAUAAAAUGACACAUUUGAAGGAGUGGCAGGUCAGUACAGUGUGUGAUCAUAUUUUGUGACUAAAUCAUGUGAAGCUUUUUCGGUACAGACAGAAUGACAGAACUCCUGCCUAGUGUUUCUCCCCCAUCCAUCAUACAUUAGGGCUCCAUUAGGCAGGAUGCAAGCUGUCACUGUUACAGCAAUGUAGAUGGGAGAGAGCACCUACCCAGGCAAUUACCUGACACCUGUUCCAUGCUGGAUCACAGCCAGCAUUGUAAAUACAUGAAGUGGAUACUUGUGCACUAUCCAUUAUCUCUCUACCAUUGGAUAAUCAUUAAUUUAAGUGCAGAACAGAUGCUAAUUCCUGUCUCACACAUGAUUUCAUUAGCGUCUUGUUUUUACUGACAAGUUCUGAUAAGUUUCUGAUGGCAAUGAAUUUGUGAUCCUUUAACCCCUUAAGGACCAAACUUCUGGAAUAAAAGGGAAUCAUGACAUGUCACAUGUCAUGUGUCCUUAAGGGGUUAAAUAGGUUUUUCCUUUUUUUUUUUUCCUGUUUGCAUAAUCAAAUGAUUAAAAACUGGCUAUUUGUUUUAAUAUUAUUGCUAAAAUAAACCAGGGACUGCUUUAUCAUAUGACCCUUCUUUCUGUCAUGACUUGAUAAAGGCCCUGACAUCGAGUGCAGACAUUGCAGAAUCACAAUAAAAAAACAAAAACAAAACAAAUUGGCCCUGACCCACCAAUGGUCAAGGACCAAUCAGCCAAUGCUGACUUUUCCUACUGGGGUGUAUGUGUUCGGACUUUUAUCUUUUCUGACAGUGCAUUUUCUUGGUGAUGGUAACACGUCCUCAAACAAUCACACUGUCAGAAACCAGGCAUAUCUUUAAUUUUACAUGUGCAUUCGUGACUAAAAGGUAAAUGCUAGAGAGUGAUUGUCUACAGAACCGUGCAUUCUAGAUUUAGUCCUCAUCUGCUCCACAAUUAUUACUCAAGGCCAACAUGUGAGGCCUGGGACAGAUCCUUCAGUUUAGCUAUGGAGAUUUCAAAUGCGAAGUUCCAUUAAAGGGACACUAUAGUCACCAGAACAAUUACAGCUUAUUGUAUUUAUUCUGGUGAGCAUAAUCUUUCCCUUCAGGCUUUUUUCAGUAAACACUGUCUUUUCAGAGAAAAGACAGUGUUUACAUUACAGCCUAGGGAUACCUCCACUGGCCACCCCUCAGAUGGCUACUAGAGGUGCUUCCUGUGGCAGUGCUGCACAGUACCCUCUGCAUGGAGACUUUGAACCAGGCAUAGGCAACCUUCAGCACUCCAGAUGUUUUGGACUACACCUCCCAUGAUGCUUUGCCAGCAUUAUGGGUGUAAGAGCAUUAUGGGGGAUGUAGUCCACAACAUCUGGAGUGUCGAAGGUUGCCUAUCCCUACUCUGAACUUUCCUCAUAGGAGAUGCAUUGAUUUAAUGUAUCUCUAUGAGGAGAUGCUGAUUGGCCAUUGCUGUGUUUGGCUUGUGCUGGCUCUGCCCCUGACAAGUUCAGCCAAUCCAAUGAUUUCCUAUGGGAAAGCAUUGUUAUUAGCUGUGGUCACCACUUCUUUUGAUGUUAGCGAACCAGGCAGAUCAGAGGCAGACUGCAAUAAAGGUAAGAUUUUACUAUAUGUGGAGGGGGCUGAUGGUGGUUUUAACAUUAUAGGGUCAGGAAUACAUGUUUGUGUCACUGACCCUAUAGUGUUCCUUUUAGGAAAAAGAUCUAUUGGGGAGGCACUUGAAUAUCGUAAAUCAAAUGCUGCACUGAGUAUUUGUUUACCCAGAGACUUCUAUAGAGUUCAAGAGAUGAACACCCUGCUGUAAAUUGUCACUUGUGCUGUGACAUAGAAUACCUUUAUAGUAACUAUUCUCAUAUUUUAACAUCUUCGGUGGUUUUCCUCAACAGGGUUCCGAUAUAGAGACCAUAAACUCUGAAAAUGGGGAUGUGUGUGCUGAUUUUGCUUCAGAGCAAAGGGAUGAGUUUGUGCAAGAAUUACAGCCCGCAGAAGCGGAAGAUGAGCCAGGUAACGUAAUAACAGUGUGCAUGGUAGCAGCAUGUGUUCUGAAACGCGGUGAUUAACUGAUCUCAUUGUGCAUGUUACAGAUCUUUACAACAGUGAGCACUCUGCUUCCACCAUAGGGAUUAUUCUGCAGGCUUCAGAAGAAUCUCAUCUUGCUUCUGAGGUAAGUAAGCAGCAUAAAGGUAAUGUGUGUCCUAUAUAAAACAGUUUUGUUAUAGCAUAAAACGAAUACAUAGGGCUUCCGUUCCUGGCCUGAGUUCCCACCGUGGCCUGAAAAUGUUCUUAUAUGUAUUUGAGAAUUUUAAAAAACUUUAAAGGAAAAAUCUUACUAUGUGAGGCAUUUUCUUUUGCUGUGUGACUAUGCCCACUGUGUUACAUAUUAAUUAGUUAACUUUGUUUUCUGUAUACCUUCUAAACAUGUAAAGGCCAUAUUCUGUAUUUGUUAAUUAAUGGAAGAAUGUUCUUGGAAUCUGGUAUCAGGGUUAUUCAUUAAAGUUUGACUUUCUAGUUUCAAAAAUAUGACUUUAUAAAUGUGGCUAUUUUCUCCUAAAAUUUUAACCUGACACUAGGCACCCAGACAACUUCAUCUCAUUGUGGUGCAAUGUCCCUGUCCCCUUAAACCUGAAAUGUUAAUAAAUGCAAUUUCUCAGAAAAUGCAAUCAUUGUAUUGCAGGGUUAAGACUGCCUCUAGUGACUUUUGGUCGCCUAACUGACCUUAGAUGUCCUCCUGCUCUGCAAGAGGACAUCCAGCAACCUUAAAAAUCUCCAUAGGAAAGCAUUGCAGCAAUGCUUUUCUAUGGGGAGAACCUAAUGCGCUUGGUGCACAUGUGCAUUAGCGCCCCCCUUUUACAGUGAUUGGCGUGGGGUAUUCCUAGCACUAUAAUAUCCCUUUACAUUUGCUCUAAAUUCCCAACGGUUUAGUAAAGUCUGACCUUAGUGAAUAACCCUGUAGGUAUAAAGUAUCCAUGGCUGGUCUAUACAUAAUGCCAUGAUGAGUUAGCAUUUCAACUGCCGCAGGGAAACCCGACAAGAUUCAUUUCUAGUUCAUUUAAUUAUUUCAGCCAAUAGUGACACUGUCUCUAACUUUAAUGAUCUUUGUCUACUACAGGAUGUGUCAUCUUACAGCCUCUCUCCUACAGCAGCAGCCACCCUUCCAGAUGAAUUACUUUGCCAAGAGAAGAGAACUUUGGCUGCUGACAGCGUGGGUGAGGCUGCCAGUGAGGACUCUGACAUUGUUACCUUGGAAACGCCCAGAGUUGAUGAUAUUGGGCCCUUGGAGGACGAAGUGGCAGACACUGGAGACAUUAACAUGAGCUCUUCCUCUAGUAGUCAGUAUACUUUCAGCAAACCUGAGCUUGGUAAGCAUUAACCCCCUCCCGUCAAGAUAUGGGUUUAGGCAUGUCAUGCUAUCAUAUCAUGCAGGAAUACCAUAAGGCUGCCAUCUAAGAGCACCAUGAUUGCAGGCCUUUUUACAUGAUCAAGCUUAUUUCACACGGAAAGUGGUAAAAUGCCCUUUUGCAAGUCCCUCAAUUUAUUUUUGUAAAUAAUCGAAUUUAAACUCCAUAUAUAAGUAUGUAGUCAUCAGCCAGAUAUCCAUCAUCCAAAGCCAGAUUAAGGUGUGUCCCCCCCCUACCUCCCUCUUCUAGAGCCCUUUGUGAUGUCUCUGUUGAUUUUGUGUGUGUGUGUGUGUGUGUAGAGGAGCGAGGUAAGAGUUGUAUGUGGGGGAAGGAGGAGUGGAGUCUGAACGUGUCAUUGAGUGUUGUUUGUCAUGUGCGUCCCUUGUGUGUCCCCCUCACCGUCUCCAAUUUCCAUGGUUAUCAAGUUGUGGGUGAGCAGGGUCCCUGCUAGUUUAGUGGAGGGUGAGAUGGUCUCUGUUUGAACGUUGGGGAAGCUUCAUCAUCUGCACCAAUAUCAAGUACAGACCACUUUAAGAGCUCCCUCCUGGUUCUGGCACUUGAUCAACAACAGAGUUAUCAGGAAGUGCCAGGGGACCACCAGGGCACUCUUAAAGUGGUCUAGACAUGAUAUUGGUGCACACCACAAUGUUUUAUUGAUGGACUGUGGCACAGGCCAUGCAGGGCGAUCUUUUGAUCUCUCUGCUGGCUCUAUGUGGGCCUGUUCAGACUGGGCUCUCUGAGUCCAUCUUGGUCACCUAAUGGGCAAUCUGGCUCUGCCAUCAUACAUGCUGUUUGUCAUUUUUGUGGUGCUGCUGUCACUCUUUGAUAUUGUAUUUUGAGUUAUGUUUUUCUCUUUGUGUUUUACAUCCUCUCCUUUUUGUGCUCUGCACAAAGGGGAUCUUGUGGACGAAUAAGGAAGAUGCUUACCAAUGUAAGGGCAUGAAUCAGUGAAUGGAGAACAGGGUGCUUUUUUGUUCUUGUUAAACUUGAUGGUGUCAACGUGUGGAUUUAUAUCCGUUACAUUUUACACAAGCUUCUUUAACUUGUGCCAUACUAAUCAUAAGCAAUAUAUUUUUGGAAUGGUAUACAGCUGUCUGCAUGUUUUAACAAAAUCAUUACUUGUCAGAAUAUUUUUUUUUUCUGUUAAAAUGCAUAAAAUAACAUUAAAUAAAUUGCCCCUGGCCAAUAAUUAUUAUAACUGUAUGGCUUGACUGUUUGCCUUGACACCUUUUGUAUACAAAAACAUAUAUUAUAGAACAGCUUAGCUUGGCAUUUUCAGAUAGCAAUAUCUGCAGUAUUUGUUCAUUUUACCAUAAACUUGGAAAAUAUUCUCUGUUUUGGCCCACAGAUAAGUAUUUGAUUAUUAAAUUGAGUUCCUCCAGUAGUUAAUAAUGCAUGUAUUGGUUAUUAUAAUAAUGCAUUUAAUAUAUGAACUCCUGUGUUAGUUUUUCCACCUCAGCACAGUGCCGACGAGUCCAGCAGUGAUGAAGCAAGCGAUGAUUCUCGUCCGACUGUCCGACAACGGCGUUCAAAGAAAUUGUCUGUGUCUGUCUCAGAAUCUGAAACUAAAGCUCCUGCAGACCAUCCUAUUGCAUCUAAACCUAGAACAUUGGGUUGUCGGGGACAUGGCCUGAAUAAAUGUAUUAUACUGGCUCUGAUCAUUGCAAUAAGUAUGGGUUUUGGACAUUUCUAUGGUACGUCUGGAUGAAUUAAUUUUGUUAAUCUUAUCUAGCUGUAAGAAUUUGUUAACAAGUAUUAUGUCUGUCAUUUUUGUAUUUUUGCAUAUUGUAUGUAAUCCAGUGAUUCUCUUCCCAAUGCCUGGUUCCAAUUUGUAGAGCUGGACAUUAUAGUAGAAAUAUAGGCACUUUUACUGCAUUCUUGAUAGUUUCUUAAAGAUACAGAUUUUCUGAAUAUUACUACAGGUGGAAGGGGAAGUGUCUCGUAGGUCCCCUUGAAUGGGUACGCUUGGAAUUGGUCUUGCUCUCUGUAUUCUUCUGUAAAUAUUUUAGUAUUGUAAUGUAACCCAACCAUGUGAUGUCAACUCCUGCUCUACUUCCAAUUAAAGGACUACUAAAGGCACCCAAACCACUUCAUCCCAAUUAAGUGCUCUGGAUGCAGUGGGCCUUUAGUUUUAAACCUGCAUUUCUGUCUAGAAAAUAGACUGGAGUUAGAACCUGGCCAUGGCACUAACAGAGAUUGGUUAUUGCUUUAUUUAUUUAAAGGGACACUGUAGGCAGCCAGACCAUUUCAGCUCAUUGAAGUGGUCUGGGUGUAAACUCCCAUCACCCUUAACCCGGAGCAUGUAAUUAUCUGCUAGGGGGGUUAACUCCUCCUCUAGUGGCUGUCUACCAGACAGCCACUAGAGGAACUUUCGGGUGGAUACUUUUGGUUGACUAAACGACACUGGACGUUCUCAGGCACUGCAUGAGGACUUCCAGCGUCACUGAAAUCCCCAUAGGAAAGCAUUGAAUAAUGCUUUCCUAUGGCAACAUCCUAAUGCGAGUGCUGCUAUUGCUGCGCAUGCACAUUAGGUCUCCACCCCGCUGGUGGCGGGGGAGGAGCGGAGCUGAGCCAGCUCCAAGUUACAUUGGCGCUGGACCCAGGUAAGUGUCAGAAGGGUUUAUUAACCCUUCUGCACCGUGGGGGGGGGGUUCGUUUUCCUGGCACUAUCGUUUCCCUUUAAUGGGGGAUGAGGACCAGGUAAGUAAGGGUUACUUUGACCAAAAACAGUCUAUGGGAGCUAUAGGAGCCAAAACAACUUAAUGGAGUGGUUUUGGUGUAUUGAUCAUGCCUCUGCAGUCGCACUACAUAAUCCUGUGCCAUUUAGGAGAUAAAUCACUUUGUUUUUAUUGCCCUAGUCACACAACGCUGCAGGGUACUUGCAUAGCCUUCUUAAACACUUCAUGUAAUGAUCUAAUGUUGUAACUUCUUUUAUUGCACAGUAUGUUUCAUUUUGAAUUUUUUAUCUCCUGCCCUGUUAAAGGGACACUGUAGGCACCCAGAUCACUUUAGCUAAUUGAAGUGGUCUGGGUGCAGUGUCCCUGUCUCUUUAGUUCUGCUAUGUCUCUUUAGUUCUGCUAUGUUUCAGAGAAUCUGCAAUCUUUAUAUUACAGGGUUAAGACUGCUUCUAGUGGCUUCCUGCAUUUAUACAGAGUUUAGCUCUGUGAAACGACACUGAACGUCCUCACGCUUUGCAUUAAAAAAAACUUUUCACCUAUUAAGUGAGAAAUAAAUGAAUUUAAACACAGUGUAGGGCCAUGUGCAGAGCCCAAUACUGCAUUAAAAUCAAUAAAAACCCAGCAGCAGUUAGCUUCUCUUAAGGAGUAUGAAGUCUUAAUUCUCAGAGACCUCUCUGAGGAAGUGCUACCUUUGCACAAAACCUAUUAGACCCCCCUUGGUGUGUUAUACCAUAUUUAAAAUAAAAAAAAAUAACGCAUAUAUUUUAAAAUGUAUACACGGAUUGAGACAUCCUCCUUCUUCCUGAGAGAAGCUGAGUGCUGUUUGGAUUUGUUUGUAAAAAAAAAUAAAAAAUAAAAAAUGGGGACCUCUCAGCCCUGGAUAGAAAUACUUCCUUAUUUACACCCAAACAUUUACAAAGGAGUUAAUCUUUUCUGUUUUUUGUUUUUAAUUUAUUUUAUGUAUUUGAUAUCUUUUGUGGCUGACUUCUAGGUAAAUGUUUUUGUGCUUGUAAGUUCCUACCUCAAAGUUAUAUAGUGUAUUUAGUGAUAUUUGUAAAGUGGUCAGGUUGAUUUGGAAUACAGACUUAAAGGGAAUACAGCUUAAUGUAGUUGCUCUGGUGUCUUUAUCCAGUCCCUAAAGGCUUUUUAAUGUAAACACUGCCUUUUCAGAGAAAAGGUACUGUUUACAUUAAUGCCUAGUACCUCUAGUGGCAGUCACUCAGACUGCUUUCAUCAUUGGCGUUUAGAGCGUGGAGCUGUUGAACGCUUUCCAUAGAGAUGCAUUUAUUCAAGGCAUCUCUAUGACGACAUGCUGAUUGGGGCAGCGCGGUGCAAUAGUCUCCCAAAACUUUCAUCUGGAAAAGCAUUGGAUUGGCUGAGAUCAUCAAGUUUGCCAUGCCAUGGAGGCGGAGCAAGGCAGGGCCAGUCACGGCCAUACCGGCGCGGCACUGGAAAAAAGGUAAAUAAAAUACCCUUUUCAAAGGUGGCUAGGUACCUAAAUAGUGAUUUAACCACUAUAGUGUCAGGAAUUCAUAUGUGUCUCCCUGACACUAUAGUGUUCCCCUAAGGGAGCAAUCAUUUAAUCAAGUAACUGCUAUGAAACUUAUUUAAAAAAAAAAAAAAAAUCUAUAUAAUGCAUAAUGAGAUUGGUGCAAUCCACAAUCUAACAAGGUAAGAAUCGAACAAUAAUAUUUUAACAAAUUUUUUUAUUUUGUGUGAUUUGAUAUACACCUAAGUGAGCAUGCUAAUCAAUCUUCAUUUGUAUAUUUGAUUUAAAAGAUAGCAGUCAUUAAAGUUGCUGCUCAGCCUAGCUUUCCUUCUGCUGCAGGAUCACACAAAUCAAUUCUAGCAGCAGGCAAGUUGGGUUGAGCAGCGGUUAGUCUGAUAACAGGGGAAUCUGACUGAACAUGACAGAUUAGCCGGACAAAGUAAAAUUCUCACAAAAAAUAUAAAUUAUUUAAAAAUAUAAUUUUCAUUAAAUUGAAUAAACAAUCAAAACAAAAUUUAUUUGACCAUUGUCCUUUAUUAUGACUGAUCAGUUUCUUAUUUAAAUUUUUUUUUUUUUAAGGUACUAUUCAGAUCUUGGAGCGACAGAAACAUGUUGAAAUGAUUCAUGAAAACGAACUAAACGAUAUGAAGGAAGAUCUCUUUCAGUGUCAGAUGGACCAGGUAGCUACAGUGGAACAGAAGGCCAGUGUCAAAUGGGUUGAUCAUGUUAGAAAGGAAAACCAUUAAUUCACUGUCCUUUCCUAUAGAGUAGUGAUGACCGUUUAACAUAUAUCUCUUUAUAACCACACCAUUGAGCAGCAAUUUGCGCAAUGCACCAACUAUGCUGGUUAUGUUUGUAUUAACUCCUUAAAGAUGAUUUAUUGUGGGUGCCGUGUGUGUCGUCACUGACAAACUACCGUUUUAUUUUUAGUGGGAAUGUUCUGUCAAGUUUGCUCAGGUGUUUAGAACAUGUCUUUUCUAUUGUAUACAUUCUAGUUUUCACUGUGGUUUUUUUUUUUUUUUUUUUUCAGGUAGAAACAGAUGACCUCUCAACAACAUUUAAAACUGACGAGAAAAAAAACAACCUUGCACUGGAAAACCAGCAUUUAAGGACUUCUCUAAAGAAGGGAGAAGAAGUGUUUUCCUUACUGCAGGAUGAGCUUAGAAAGCUGCGAGAACAAAUUAGAAACCUGGAAGAAAAAGGAAAUGGCGAUGUGAUAAAAUCUGAAAAUCAGAAGCUGAGGACAUAUUUGAAAGAAGAAAGACAAAAGCUUAGGAGCUUCCUGACUCAGAAGGAAACUCUCCUGGCUGAAGCACAAACCCUAAGAAAAGAAUUGGAUAACGAGCGUCAGAUUACGGAGUCUUUAAAGGUUGAAUUGGAGGAGAUGAGCAACAGGAGGGCACCUAAUAUUAACCAGGAUACGGCUGAGAGUAGUCAAGAGUUUGAACAAAUGAGAGAACGACUUUCUGAGCUCGAAAAAAAGUUAAAUUUUGAGCAACAGAGAUCAGAUUUAUGGGAACGACUGUACAUUGAAGCAAAAGAGCAGAAUGAAAAACUAGAAAGUGGAAAUCCAAACAAUUCUCAAGAGAAGGAACGAUCUAAAAGUAGAGGUAAAAAGAAAAGGGAUACCUUCUUUAAUUCUGUUAAAGACACAUUUGACGCAAUGAAGAACUCAACAAAAGCAUUUGUUAGACAUCACAAAGAAAAGAUUAAACAAGCCAAAGAGGCUGUAAAAGAAAAUCUGAAAAAGUUCUCAGAUUCCGUAAAAACUACUUUUCGACAGUUUAAGGACUCCACCAAGAAUAUGUUUGACAAAACCCACUAUAAAAAAUACGCAGAAAGAAGGCGGGAAGAGACCAAGGAAGCACACACUGUGCGUCGGGAGUACAAACAAGAUUCUGAGGAUCAGGAUGCAAGUAAGGCAGCAGAAAAUCAAAAUGAGUACGGUAACUUAAAGUAUGAGAAUUCUGACAUUAAAGAUGAAAGUGCCUGGCCAAACCAUGGGAAAAAGACCAACAGUGAGCAGUGCACAUAUAAAAAGGGGUGCUCAGGAGUGUUUGAAUGUGCUCACCAAGAAUCGUUCAGUCUUUUUAACAAAGUGUUGGACCCUGUGCGCAUGGAAGAGUUUAACCAGUUGAUCCAGGUAUAUGUCCAGGAUCAAGUAGAUAAUUUCAGGCACUGGAAGGAACUAUUUCAGUUCAUUAAUAGAUUUUUCCACAAUGGUGUUUUCAUUCACGAUCAAAUGCUUUUCACGGAUUUUGUUAACGAUGUUGAAGAUUAUCUUGAGCAUAUGAAAGAAUAUACAACUAAUGAUUCUGGAGUAUUUGAAGAUCUUGAUGAAUUUGUGUACGGCCAUUUCUUUGGCAAUGCUUACACCACCCCAUAUGGACCAAGGUUGGCUCAUGAUUGUUUUACAUGGUGAAAUGUUUUAAAAGUGAAAUAUUCCCUUUGCAAAUAAUUGCUUGGUGGCUCAGUGGUUGGUGUUACAAACUAACUAACUUGUGUGUUGGAAAUGCAAAGUGAGUUUCAAAUUGUAGGUCAGAAUUUCCAAAUUGAAAACCAAGCUGACUUGAAGAAUUAAUCCAGUUCAUCUAUUGUAGCCUACAUUCGAGAACGGUUUAACCCUUUAUGGUGAGCCAGUGCCAGGGUACUCGUGGCACCUUAACAACGUAAUUUUGAUUAAGUGGUUAUGGUGUCCAGAGUGUUCCUUUACGAUCACAGAUAUGCCUUUAUUAUUGCCUACACGUUUGUCUUUCUAGUUUGGGGUUGCAGUACUGAAAUCUGAUCCAUCAGUAUUAUUUCAUUUUAUUCACAAUUUAUAGAUGUGGAGUUAACCCUAAAGCGUGAAACAAACCUUUAAAAAGAAAAGCGAGAAAAUAUAAUAAAUCUACCCUGUGUAAAAAAACAAAAAAAACAACAACUUUAUACUGCAGCAGAAUUAUAUUUUGUACAAAAUCUGUACAGUUAUGUAGCUGGGGGAUCACCUUCGUUAACUUAGUUCAAAAAAAAAAAAACCUGCAGUUUUCUUGUCUGCUGCCUUUGCAAACGCUCUCCUAACCCUGCUGAGACUUUAUGUGACUGUCCAAUCACAGACAUCCCAAUGCAGCUCAAUAAGAAGUCUUUGCAAGUCAGGUGCUCUGGACAAUUUCCUGUCUCUUGACUUUAGUUCCACUGAGCUAACCAAACCAGGAAGUAUCAGAUCCAGAUGUCUGCUUGAAUGCCAGGGAGUGUAACCAGGUUAAUUUACAAAAGUGACAGUUUCUAUUUAAAUCUGAACUUUUUGCAGUUUAAAAAAAAAAAAAAAAAAAAAUAAUAGGACGCAAUCUUCACACACAAAGCAUAUCAGCAAGUUAAAGUACUUUAGCCUGAAGUACUUUGUUUUAACUGCAUGUUCCUUUAGGCAGAGCUGGGAAGAUUUCUUAUCUCACUUACCAAUAGGUCAAAGCAGAAGUGAGUGCCUUUCAUAAAAGAGAAAAGAGUGUUGGAUUCAGGGUCUAUUUCUAAAAUAUAAAAGGAACAUUUCAGUGUAAAAAAAAAAAAAAAAAAAGUAAGCUGUAUUAACGUUAGGCUUUUAUUUUCUUUAAGGAAACCUGAGAAAAUGCCACCAUAUAAGGACCCUGAAAGUCCCGGACACAGAAAACAGGAGCAGAAACCUGAAAGAAACCAUUACAGAAGGGAAGGUAAAUGGAACCGACAUGGACGUGCUAAUGGAAGACACAUGGCAAAUGUUGAAAUAGAUCUGGGGCAGUUACCAUUCGACCCAAAAUAUUAAACUUGGGAUCACUUGCAUUCAUGUAGUGUGGUUAUUAGAACUAGAUAAUUACCUUGAUUAACAAUGUCCUGUACUGGAUGCUGAAGGUUACAUGUGCAAGGCGUCCUAACACAAGGGUAUCGAGCCUGGGUCUCUCAAACGGUUGAUAACCUGUUACUUCCCAGUAGUUCGUCAACAGUUGAGACUGUUUGUGAGGUCCUGUUCUAACCAUAGUUUGCUGCUUUGGGUUUCCGAGUUUGUGGAUAUGAUUUAAUGAAUCGAAUUUCUGGUCAGUGGGCGGUAACAGCAUGUAGAAGCAUGGGUGUGAGUCCACUCUUUUUGGCAGUCUGAAUCACUCAACUGAAUUGUCUACGUUUGUCGUGCUAAUUCUAAGUGCAGUGUUGACUUUUUUAAUUUUCUCUUUGAAUUUUGGGGAGGGAUGGUUCAGGGUCUGCUUACCGCUAGCUUAUUUGACUUCUCUGUUUUGUGGUUAAAAAAAACAAAACAAAAUUCUGUAGGAAGACGUAGUUGCAUACAAAUGAGCUUGCUGGUUCUCUAAGGAAAUUUGUUACAAUUCUCAAUGUUUGCAGAAAAAUAAAGACAAACUGGACAAAUAAACCUUUUAUUCCCAAAAAUUUGUACAGUCCAUUUUUAAAUGAAAACACUAAAUGUACAUGCAUUUUACAGACCACCGGUAUUUCCUGAUUUUGUCUUAAUUUUUUUAUUUUUUAUUUUUUUUUUUUUUACCUAUUUCAGUGUAAUUACUCCGGUUUGCUGCCACCUCUUAGAGGGAAAUAAAAUAAAGUUCACUUUCAUGGAAAUGUUUAUGUACCAUUUCAUAAAAUGUUGAUUUUUUAAAAAAAAAUCAUGUUUUCUGUUCAUACAUAUAGAUAUGGCUUCCAACUCGACCUUCUGGUAAUUGAGUAUGGAAUACAGAUGCCGUCUUCAUAUAAUGGUGUGCAGUUAAAAAUGGAAGGAUUUCCUAAGUUUAAAAAAAUAAAAUAGAAGUAAAACAAGCUGGUAAGAAAUUAUUAGAACUAGAACUAAAAUAUCAUGGAGAUUUGCAGCACUCCCAAUUUUACAUCACACAGCCCCUCUCUCCCCAACCCUACCUUAAAUGAGCCCAUAACCCAUUAUGGUGGUUUGUAUCAGGCAAAAACCCAUGUGUGUUUAAUCCUCACUCUGAAUGACAUGAAAUGUUUCAUUGAUUUAUUUGCAUCAAGAAGCUUUUAAUGGGAUACCAACCUGUUCUAAAACACUAAACAUGACCAGGUGUGUUGGUAGCUGUGUUGUAUUGUAAAACUCUGCAUUCAGCCAAGCCAUUGGGCUCACAUAGAACAGGUCGGCCUCAUCAACAUAACUGUCAUGGUCUGAAAGGUCAGGAGGGCACUCCAGAAAAUUCAUUUUUAUACGACAGUGCACAUGACUGGGAAAAAAUAGAAUUAUAUAUAGAUUAACAGUGUUCCUUGUUAGUUAUCCCUUUCCUCCACUGUGUUUUAAGUCUACAACAUAACCUUUUAAAAAUGCA